AUGAUAAUUCCCAUACUAAGGAAGAACUGGUUUCUAUUUGGGAUAGUUGCUGUCAUUAUUCUUGCCAAAUUUGCACCGGGUAUUGGUUCCAAAGGAGGUAUUCUAUAUCCGGAGAUCACAGUAAAAUAUUGUGCAGUGUUUAUUAUUUUCUUUAAUAGUGGAAUCUCUUUAAAAACAGAGGAGUUGGCAAAAGCAGUGUCUCAAGUUAAAAUCCAUGUGUUUGUUCAAUUUUUUACCUAUUGUUUCUUUCCAUUCAUUAUAAAAUGUCUGGUACUGUUGUUAGAGUCUUUGGUACCGUUUGAAAAGUUAUUACUUGAUGGAUUACUUAUAUUAAGUUGUAUGCCCCCGCCAGUGUCUUCAGCAGUAAUACUCACAAGGGCUGUAGGUGGAAAUGAAGCUGCUGCCAUUUUUAACUCAGCCUUAGGAAGUUUUCUCGGAAUAUUUAUAACUCCAGCUUUAGUAUUAGAACUGGUUGGAUCCACAGCUCAUGUUCCUGCUAAUAAAAUCCUUAUACAGCUAUCAUCUACUGUUGUCUUACCAAUAGUACUGGGUCAAAUAGUACGGAGAAAUCAUAAAUUAUGGUUAGAACAGCUGCAUUUACCUCUGGGAGAAAUAGGCAGUGGUAUAUUAUUGUUGAUAAUUUACACAACUUUCUGUGAUACCUUCAGUCAUCAGGAUUUACAAGUGGAUCAGUUUAGUCUAGUUUCAUUAGUACUGCUCAUAAUUUUAAUCCAGGUGUUGUUAAUGUUAUUAGUGUUUUAUACAACAACUCAUCCAGCUAUUUCAUUCCAUCCUCAAGAUACAGUGGCUCUGUUAUACUGCUGUACCCAUAAAUCUUUAACACUAGGUAUUCCUAUAAUUAAGAUAAUAUUUGGUAAUGAUGAUAGUUUAUCUGUUAUAACUAUAUCAUUAUUAAUAUACCAUCCUGUACAGAUCUUAUUGGGAGGAUUGUUAGUGCCUCUAGUCAGGGAAUGGCUUGCUACCUCUCGUUAUAUCAGGUAA